AUGACGUGUUUCUGUAGCUGCUCUCUGCAGGAAGAAGCUGUGGCUCCGCCCACCCGGAAGACUCGGUCCUGUAAGUGUGUCUCGGCCUUCCUCGUCCUCGUCAUCGUCGCCUCGGGAGCCGCGCUUGCCUGGUACUUCCUGGAGUACCGGGUCUGGGUGCUGGAGGCCCGGGUCCAGCAGCAGUACACCGCCUACCUGUCCAUCCUCAACAGAACCUUCUCUGCCGACCUGUCGUCUGCCAGCAGCACCGCGUUCCAGGAGGAGGCCGAGGGCGUGCAGGCCAUGGUGACGAAGAUCAUGAUGGGCUCCAGUCUCUGUCGAUACUUUAACUCCACCGCUGUGUUCGCCUUUGGGGAGGGCAGCGUCGUGGCUCACUUCUGGAUCUGGAUGUCGGUGCCGGGCAGCCAUGUCGGGAGGCUGAGCUUGGAGGAGGUGACCCGGAGCCUGCAGGAGGGCCUGAGGGGCCACCGGGGGCCUGGGGGGGGGGAGGAGGAGGAGGCCGGCUGCAGCGGGUACCUGGUGCACCUCCCCUCGCUGCACGUCAGCGGUGAGCCGACGAGAAGGAGAAGAUGGUUUAAAACUUUCGACUGCUACCGCUACCAGCAGGUGGCGCCCGGCGGCCGCGCGGCGCUCCGCGGCUCCGACGCGCGGCGCUCGUCCUGCAUGUGGCACCUGCAGACCGGCCCCGGGGCCCAGCUGGAGCUCCGCGUGGAGUGGCUGCUGCCGCAGUGCCGGGACCGGCUGGCGGUCUACGACUCCCUCACGCCCUCCGCCUCCCGCCUCAUCACAUCCGUGCUCGGCUGCAGCAGACGGGAGCCCGUGGUGACGGUGCUGUCUUCAGGAGCCUGGAUGACGGUGGUCUGGAAACAGGGUCUGUACCACUACAAGGACCCCUUCUCUCUGUCGGCUCAGGCCUGGGACCGCCAGGGCUGUAACUCCACCAUAGAGCUGAAGGCCGUCUCGGGGGUCCAGGGGACGCUGAGCACGCCCUUCUUCCCCAGCUACUACCCCCCCGACACCAACUGUACCUGGAGCUUCAGGGCGCCCGGUGCUGGUCUCGGCUUGUCUCUGGAGUUUGAGGGUUACAGGCUGAGCAGAGCCGGCUACAACCAGGCCUGCCCCCAGGGCCAGUGGACCCUCCAGAACCGCAGGCUGUGCGGCUCCAGAGGCCUGCAGCCGCACACCGAGCGCCUCCCGCUGCUCGCCGCCGCCGCCGCCGCCGUGGUGAUGACGUCAGAGGCGUCGCUCACCGGGCCGGGACUCCGGCUGCGCUACGGCGUCUUCAACCUAUCAGACCCGUGUCCAGGUCAGUUUCUGUGCUCUGUUAACGGACUCUGUGUUGCUGCUUGUGAUGGAAUCAAGGACUGCCCCAACGGACUGGACGAGAGGAGCUGUGUGUGUGUGGCUCAGUACCAGUGUCCAGAGGACAGUCGGUGUGUGGGCUACUACCAGGUGUGUGACCAGCUCCCAGACUGCCCCGAGGCCAUGGACGAGAUGAACUGCACCGACGGUGUCCCGUGUACAGAUAUGACGUACCGGUGUUCUGAUGGAACGUGUCUGAAGAAACCGAACCCAGAGUGUGACUUCACCCCCGACUGCCCCGACGCCUCCGACGAGCAGCACUGUGACUGCGGCCUGAGGGAGUUCUCCAGUCGCAUAGUGGGCGGGACCAACUCCACGGAAGGGGAGUGGCCAUGGCAGGCCAGCCUCCAGGUGAGGGGGACCCACAUCUGUGGGGGGGCGUUGAUCUCCAGCCAAUGGGUGGUGUCCGCCGCCCACUGUUUCUAUGACGACCGCCUGUACUCCCCCUCGCUGUGGACCGUGUACCUGGGCAAGCUGCUGCUGGGCCCCGGGGGUCCCGGUGGCCCACCUGAGGAGGCGGUCCGGGUCCAGCGGAUCCACCUGCACCAGUACUACGACGCCGAGUCCCACGACUACGACCUGGCGCUGCUGAAGCUGGAGCGGCCCGCCGCGGCGCCGCCGACCGGCCACGCCCGGCCCGCCUGCCUGCCGCCGCCCACCCACCGGCUGGAGCCGGGCCUGCUGUGCUGGGUCACCGGCUGGGGGGCGCUCCGAGAGGGGGGCCGCACCAGCACCGUGCUGCAGAAGGUGGACGUCCGGCUGGUCAGCGAGGAGGCCUGCGUCCUCACCUACGGCCACCUGGUCACUCCCAGAAUGCUUUGCGCCGGCUACCGCAGCGGAGAGAAGGACGCUUGUCAGGAGCCGGGGGUCUACUUCUUCAACGUCAACAUCCACACCUGGAACUUCAGGGAGACCCACCUGCAUCUGAUGCUCCACGGCUCCGUCCCGCUGGCCCUGAACGCCCCGCAGGAGGAGCGGGAGGACGUCUCCGUCACCUUCACGGGUCCCUGGGGGCCCCAGUGA